AUGGACAGUCCUCGGUCAGACGUGGGCCGCUGGGGCAGCAACCCCUGGCAGCCCACUGUCACCCCAUCACCAGAGCCAGAGCCAGAGCCAGACAGACGUUCCCGACGCUCCGGCCGCUCCGGCCGCUCCUUCUGGGCUCGGUGCUGUGGCUGCUGCUCGUGCCGGGGCACAGAUGACGACUGGGGACAUGAGCCCUCUAACAACCGAGGGUCCAGGAGUCGAAGGCCUGACUCCAGGACCUCAGACACCCGCCGGCCUGGCUCCGGUGUGAACGCAGCAGGAGAUGGCACCAUCCGAGACGGCAUGCUGGUGGUGACCGCUGUGGAUUUGCUGAGUUCACGCUCGGACCAGAACCGCCGGGAGCACCACACGGACGAGUUUGAGUAUGACGAGCUGAUCAUACGACGUGGGCAGCCUUUCCACAUGGUCCUCUACCUAAACCGGCCCUAUGAGUCUUCUGAUCGUAUUGCCCUCGAACUGCUUAUUGGCAGCAGCCCUGAGGUGGGCAAGGGCACCCAUGUGAUCAUCCCUGUGGGGAAGGGAGGAAGCGGGGGCUGGAAGGCCCAGGUAACCAAAGCCAAUGGUCAGGAUCUGAACCUUCGGGUCCACACCUCCCCCGACUCCAUCAUUGGCAAGUUUCAGUUCACCGUUCGCACUCGCACAGAUGCCGGAGAGUUCCAGUUGCCCUUUGACCCCCACAAUGAAAUCUACAUACUCUUCAACCCUUGGUGCCCAGACGAUAUCGUGUACGUGGACCACGAGGACUGGCGGCAGGAAUAUGUGCUUAAUGAAUCUGGGAGAAUUUACUACGGGACUGAAGCACAAAUUGGUGAACGGACCUGGAACUAUGGCCAGUUUGACCAUGGGGUGCUGGAUGCCUGUCUAUACAUCCUGGACCGGCGAGGGAUGCCAUAUGGGGGCCGAGGGGACCCAGUCAGCGUGUCCCGGGUUGUCUCUGCCAUGGUAAACUCACUGGAUGACAAUGGGGUCCUGAUUGGGAACUGGUCUGGCGAUUACUCCCGAGGCACCAACCCAUCAGCAUGGGUGGGCAGUGUGGAGAUCCUCCUCAGCUACCUACGCACUGGUUAUUCUGUCCCCUACGGCCAAUGCUGGGUCUUUGCUGGUGUGACCACCACAGUGCUGCGCUGCCUGGGCCUGGCCACCAGGACUGUCACCAACUUCAACUCUGCACACGACACCGACACUUCCCUCACCAUGGACAUCUACUUUGAUGAGAAUAUGAAGCCACUUGAGCACCUGAACCAUGACUCUGUUUGGAACUUUCACGUGUGGAAUGACUGCUGGAUGAAGAGGCCGGAUUUGCCCUCAGGCUUCAAUGGGUGGCAGGUGGUGGACGCUACACCCCAAGAGACCAGCAGUGGCAUCUUCUGCUGUGGCCCCUGCUCCGUAGAGUCCAUCAAGAACGGUUUGGUCUAUAUGAAGUACGACACACCUUUCAUUUUUGCUGAGGUUAACAGUGACAAGGUGUACUGGCAGCGCCAGGAUGACGGCAGCUUUAAGAUCGUGUAUGUGGAAGAGAAAGCUAUUGGCACACUCAUUGUCACAAAGGCGAUUGGCUCCAACAUGCGGGAAGACAUCACCUCCAUCUACAAGCACCCAGAAGGCUCAGAGGCAGAGCGGAAAGCAGUGGAGACGGCAGCUGCGCACGGCAGCAAACCCAACGUGUAUGCCACGCGCGACUCAGCCGAGGAUGUGACAGUACAGGUGGAGACGCAGGAUGCAGUGACAGGGCAGGAUCUGACGAUCGGCGUGGUGCUUAGCAAUCGUGGCAGCAGCCGCCGCACCGUGAAGCUACACCUCUACCUCUCAGUCACCUUCUACACGGGUGUCACAGGGCCUGUCUUCAAGGAGAACAAGAAGGAAGUGGUGCUGGCACCAGGGGCUUCAGAACGUGUGGUCAUGCCUGUGGCCUACCAGGAAUACCGGUCACACCUUGUGGACCAGGGGGCCAUGCUGCUCAAUGUCUCAGGCCACGUCAAGGAGAAUGGGCAGGUGCUGGCCAAGCAGCAUACUUUCCGUCUGCGCACCCCAGAUCUCUCCCUCACGUUAUUGGGAGCAGCGGUGGUUGGCCAGGAAUGUGAAGUACAGAUUGUCUUCAAGAACCCUCUUCCCGUCACCCUUACCAAUGUUGUCUUCCGGCUCGAGGGCUCCGGCUUACAGAGACCUAAGGUCCUCAACGUCGGGGACAUCGGGGGCAAUGAGACAGUGACACUGCGUCAGACGUUCGUGCCUGUGCGACCGGGCCCCCGCCAGCUCAUCGCCAGCUUGGACAGCCCGCAGCUCUCCCAGGUGCACGGUGUCAUCCAGGUGGAUGUGGCCCCAGCUGCUGGAGGCAGGAACUUCUCAGAGGCCAGAGGAGACAGUGGAUCAGGGGAGACCAUCCCUAUGGCAUCUCGAGGUGGGGCUUAGCCCUUCGAUCAGGAGUGAUGGAACUGGAGUCAGAUGAGAAGGACACUGCCCCAAAGAAGGGGCCCCCCCACAGAAUGGCUCCGAAGGAGUUCAGGUGGGGACGUUGUGGCACCUGGGGAGGGAGGUGAUCUUCACUUGCAGUUAGUGGUAUAAAUGCUAAUAAAUUGUUUUUUAAUGAA